ACAGGCAAAAACAGACGAGACAAAUUGCAAGCUUCGUACAAACCUCACCUCGCGGGUGUCGAGAAAAACUGCCUUUUGACUUCAAGGUGUGUUAAGCAAAAGGUGUGGAUUUUACCGUGCAUUCGUUGCAUUUUCUGGGUCGUUUUGCUGUUGUCCAUACCCUCUUUAUCCUCCCAUUAGUAGCAAAUAACCAGAACGCGUAAAAAAUUGAGCAAACACAAAAAACAAACACAAAUCUAAGAAACGGAAGAAAACAAGAGAAUUAAUCUGAAAAGUACAACCCAAACCGAAAGCCUAAGAUAAUCCAUAAUCCCCAAAGUGUAGCAACCAAUAACCAGUGAAAAUGCAGACGCCAGCAGCACAAUAAAACAACAAUUAAUUUAUUAAGCACUGGCGAACCAUUAAUUAUGCCCCAGUGCCAGUGUCCAGUGUCAUCGUUUGUGUGGAAGUGCUAGAUGCUAGAUCCAAAAUGUGGCACACACUAAACUGCUGUGAAAAUGCACUGCGCAUUUCUCUAUUCCAACGCUAAUUGCGCUGCCGCUGCCCAUAGUACCAAAAAAAUCGAAUCGCGGGGAAGAGAGUGCUAGGAUGAUGAGAAGACCAGUGCGUAAAUAUGUGAUAUGUGUGUGUGUGCGUGACUAGCAGUGCAAGGCAAGGGAAAGUAUAACUCCAAUAAUAAUACUAGUAAUCCAAAGGCAGAGCGGUGACCAAAUACAAAUAACUCCACGAAAAUAGAACACCACAUUCGCGCACCUACACACACACACUCUCAAACUCACGUACACCACACACCGCACACUCGCAUACAAACGCAGUCGUCGCUCAUCGAAGAAGGCGUUAUCCUGAUUCUUGUUGCUUGCUGCUGCUGCUGCCUGCCCCUUGUGCCAUUCGUUUUGAUCCUUUCUUUGUCGCUUCUCGCCACAAGGCCAGCAGCAGCACGGCAGCUGUGCCUGUUCCUGUGCCGUGUGUUCGCGCCGUGCCGUGCCCCGAAGUUUCUAUUCGUUGCUUCCCUCCCUCCAUCGACAUCGCCAUCGCGCUCGUACUCGCACUCGUAUCGCACUCGUACUCGCUCCGUGUGCAUGUCCUUGGACGUAGUAAACUGUUGUUGUUGUUGAUUGUCCGUUCGUCGCCGAGAGUGAGUGCCCCUGCAGCAGGAAGCCAGUCCAGUCGAACAAGAUGCCGCCAGCCCUGAUAGCCAUCUCCGAGUUUGUGGAGGAGACGCGCUCUGACUAUAGCUCUCCCACCACCUCUACCUUCGCCUCGCGAAUGCCGGACUGCCGCCAGACGAUUGGCAUUCUGGAAGAGCGCCUGGAGUUCGACCGGGAAGGCCUCACGAAGCUGAAGAAGGCGGUCAAGGCCAUACACAACUCGGGGAACACCCAUGUGGACAAUGAGAUGUUCAUGGUGCGAGCUCUGGAGCGACUGGGCGGCAAGGUGAUCGAUCAGGACGAGCCCGACAUUGGGGCGGCGUUCCUCAAGUUCAGCGUCGUCACCAAGGAGCUGAGUGCACUGUUGAAGACCCUGAUGCAGAACAUCAACAACAUUGUGAUGUUUCCGGUGGACUCGAUGCUGAAGAGCGAACUGAGGGGCGUCAAGGGGGACAUGAAGCGGCCGUUCGAUAAGGCGGCCAAAGACUACGAGGCGAAAUUCAUCAAGAUCGAGAAGGAGAAGAAGGCCCAGGCCAAGGAGGCGGGCAUGGUGCGCACGGAGAUCGAUGCCGCUGUGGUGUCCGAGGAAAUGGAGAAGGAGCGGAGGCUCUACCAGCUGCAGACGUGCGAGUAUCUGCUCAAGUACAAGGAUAUUAAAACAAAAACAGGAAUCGAGCUGCUGCAGCACCUAGUCGAGUACUAUCACGCCCUGAACAACUACUUUAAAGAUGGGCUCCAGACCAUCGAGCACUUUGGCACAUACAUCGGCGAUCUGAGCGAGAAGCUGCACGUGAUCAAGCAGAAGCAGGACGAGGAUCGGCGCAGUUUGCUCGAUCUGCGAACGAUGCUGCGCAGCACCCCAGACUUUGAGCGGGUGGACAAUGUGCCGUCGUCGGAUAGCCAGAGCCGGAGCGGGGGGGCGGGCUACUCUCUGCACCAGCUGCAGGGCGACAAGCAUCACGGGGUCACGCGACAAGGGCAUCUGCUCAAGAAGAGCGAGGGCAAGGUGCGUCGCGUGUGGCAGAAGAGGCGCUGCCGGGUGACCAGCGAUGGUUUCCUGGACAUCUUCCAUGCGGACGAGUCCAAGCCGCCGACCCAAGUCAAUCUGCUCACCUGCCAGAUCAAGCCGGUUCCGGACGAUAAGCGUGGCUUCGAUUUGAUAAGCUACAAUCGCCCGUACCACUUUCAGGCCGAGGACGAGGCCGAUCAGAAGGCCUGGAUGGCCGUGCUGGUCAACUGCAAGGAGAAGGCCCUCACCAAGGCCUUCCAGCACGCGAAUCCCCAGAUGAGCCCCAGCCUGGUGGAGCUGCAGAAGACUGUGAUCCGCUACGUGCAGCUGCUACCCGGCAACGACCGCUGCUGCGACUGCGGCUCCCGCAACGAUGUCACCUGGAUCAGCCUGAAUUUUGGCAUCCUGGUGUGCAUCCAGUGCUCGGGAGUGCAUCGUGAUCUGGGCGUCCAUCACUCGCGCAUCCAGAGUCUAACGCUCGACAAUCUGACCACGGCCAAUCUGCUGAUCGCACGGGCCAUGGGCAACAGUACGCUGAACGACAUCAUGGAGGCAAAGUUGGGCCGCGGGAAGCUACAGCACGAGAGCAGCAUGGAGGAACGCUACGACUUCAUUCGGGCCAAGUACGUGGCCAAGCGCUAUGUGAUGCGCACCUGCUCGGACGACAACGAUUUGCGGUGCGAUCUAGAGCAGGCCAUCGUGAAUGCGGACAUGAGCCAACUGCUGCAGGUGUGGGCAGAGGGCGCGGAUCUCACCUGCUGCCUGCCCAGCUCGGAUGCGGGGGAGACAGCUCUGCAUCUGGCCGUUCUGCGGGAGAUGGGCUCCACGCUGCACAUUGUCGACUUUCUCAUACAGAACAUGCCGCCGAAGGGCCUAAACAAGGCCACCAAUCCAGCCGGACUGCUGGAUCUGACCGGAAAGAAUACGGCUCUGCACCUGUGCGCUCUCCACGAUCGCAGGGAGUGUAUGAAGCUGCUGCUUCGCUCGGGAGCAGACUACGAGCUGAAGAACUCGCAAAACAAAACAGCGCUGGAUAUAGCCAAAGAGAUGGGACACAAUGGCUGCAGAGAACUGAUUGAAUGUGCCAUAAAGCGGGAGAAGAGCGCCUUUGAUCACAUAAACACCGAUUGGAAUCUGCCCAACGAGGAUGGCUCCACAGAUUUCAGUGACGACGAAACAGUCAUCGAUGAACGCAAAUCUCGUUCACGUCCCCCCAGUUUUGCUGGCGGGGAUUCGCCAGUGCUGCGCUCACGCUCCUCCACUUGCGACUCCAUACAGUCCAGUUCUAGUCCAAUCGCCAACUGUCCCAGCCGCCAGUUUACGCUGCCCUCGGGCCUGCCCAGCUACACGCAUUCGGCGGGAACGUCGCCAAAGUCGCACAUCAGUGUGGGCCAGUAUCUGGGUAGCAAUGUGGGCGGUGGUGCCGGCGGCAACGGGGGCGGUGGCUCUAGUCCAAGCUCAGUUUCCAGUCAGAGUGUAAGGGCGGCGAGGAACAGUCUGAAUAUGCAGCAGAGUGAGCUGGGUCAUGUGACGGGCGGCGCCCGCAAGUCCACAUCUACGGCGAACAUGAACUCUCUGAAGAAGCGCACAGCUCCGGCUCCACCGCCUGGCACGCUGGGCAGCGCCUCCUCCAGCUCCUCCUUCUAUGGCACACUACCGCAUCCGCCCAGGCACUCGCAAAACUUUGAUGCCAACGACAUACGGGCCAUCAAUCAUAAGAACCAAUCCCUGGAUGUGGCCUAUGGCACGCUGCCCCACCUGCGCAGCGUCGAGAGCAGUCCCCGGGGCGGCUAUGGCGGUAUCCCUGGCGGAUCGGGAAAUGGCAGCAGUAGCAGCCUAAUGCCUGCCAUGACAACAUUUGGCCACAAGCGCUCGCCCAGCGGGGAGUCGCUGAAUCGUAAUAUACAUCUGGCUGGAGCCAAGCUUGUCCUUCCACCCACUGGGGAGCUGCCGACACUCAAGCAUGUGGACAAGUCGGCGUUGAUGCGCCCAAAGAUACCGCCACCAGGACCGCCGUCAGAGCGUGAGAUUUCCAAUGGACAGUCGAAUGAGAGCAUCAGUUCCAUAGACGAGGGUCCGAUAGCACCGCCGCGAAAGCGCAAGCAACACAGUGAGAUUUUGAGAUUGAGAUUGUCCCAGUCCAGUGAGGAGACGCUGAUAAAUCAAUCGGCCAACUUUACCGAGUACGAGUCCUGGCACACGGACAUGGACAGCUCUGGCGGUGGCUUGGAUCAUUCGGCCGAAUCGAAUGUCUCAUCCAGCGACAACGAUCGUCUCAACUCGUCGCCCGACAAUCCAUCCAAAGGCGCUCCAGGACCAGGCCCAAGCGGAAAAUUCCACAAUAAUGGGCAGAGACGGUGCAGGGCGCUCUACGACUGCGUGGCGGACAACGAUGAUGAGCUUGAGUUCAAGGAGGGCGAGAUACUGAUUGUGUUGAAUGAGCGCACUGACGAUGACAACUGGAUGGAGGGCAUCAUCGAGGGACAGCCGGCGCGACGUGGCAUGUUUCCCGUCAGUUUCGUCCAUAUGCUGCCUGACUAAACGGGCAUGGAACAGGGAUAAUGUAAGGAUGUUUAUUGUAUGUCGUAUGUCGUAUGUUUCUGUGGCUUUUUGUGCGACUGUGGGCUGUGCGUGCGUGUACAUAUGAGUGUGUGUGCGUCAUUUUAAGCAAGACAAGAUUUUAUUUAUUACAACCGUUUAUGUCACAAACCGUGCGACUAUUUAUUGGAUCCGUAGGCACAAGGAAUAUACAUAUGCAUAUACAUUCAUAUAAUAUAGUAUAAAUAUCUAAAGUGAGCAAGUAAUUGUUGGAUAUGCUGCCAUCUCAUGUACAUUUCAUUUUCAAUCAGAACAAGGAGCUAGAUGCCCUAUUAAUUGCUUUUAUAACCGAAUAUGUCCUGCAAACUGCUGUAUUUUGAACCAUAAAUGUAUUUACUAACCUUAGCAUUACACGCUGUGCGCAAAAGUUACUCGGAAUCUAUUGAUAUAUGUAUGUAUGUAUGUAUGCUUAUACUAGAUGCUGCCAUAAACAGAUACUAAACGAUAUCCACAAGAAGACCCGACCUGGUCUGGCUUCUUGGCCUCUUACAUGUACGUACAUACCUACACAGGUAUUUGUAAUAAAUACUGUUGUUGAUGAAUUGACGAGAAAGUUUAUAAAACAACGUUGAAAUGAAAGAAACAUUUACUUAAACUAACCCCCAUUUCGAGCGUAAAUACAUAUGAGAACUCUAUAGCUCUGCAAAAAAGGAAUAAAUACAUACAUAAAAAUAUGUACCCCCUUUGUACCUAGAAAUUGUUACCAAUUAA